GUCAGUGGUAUUGAUAUGAGUUAAAGUGUCAAUUAAAAUAAUUAAUUGUAGGGUGAAAAAAAAAAUAAAAUAAAAAAAUAUUGUGCGUAAUUUUAUUAGAGUUUUUUUUUAUGUGACUCAUUGAGGUACAAAUCGAGUGAUAGUAAAUCCUCGUGAGCUUAGUGAGAUAAAAAAAAUGAGUAUUAUUAUUAUUAUAGUAUAUAUUGUAAAGGGAUGAAGAUAAUAAAAAAAAGUAAAUAAAAAUAUAAAGAAUGAGAGAAAGAGAGUAAAGAAUUGAAAGGGAUAUAUUGUAGUACGUAAAGUUAGAGUGGGUCAGAGCAAAUGAAAUAGAGGGUUGGGGUGUUGGGUGAACCAACGAUGUUCUCCAAUACUAAAACUCAAAGCUUCAACCCUAUUCUGUGACACGCGCAAGCGUCCUGAUAACUAAAAGCUCCAUUAUAAUCGUGAACGAAACGUAGGCGUAUGAGAACCGGCCGCGAGCUCGGGCGGCUCUCUGUAAUACUCCGCGGCCUAGAACACUUCUAUUCAUCAGUUAAAAAAAAAUAAUAAUAGUAAUACUAAUUAAAAAAAAAAUUUUUAAUGUUACAAAUAUAACUAACGAUUCAAAAAAUUUUAAAUAUAAAUGCGCGCGCAUUUGCUUUUUUUCAAAUUUUGAUAAUUGUGGCCAGUGGAUUAAUCAUUUUUAAAAAUCUUACCCCUGGUAUCAAAAGGUUUCGCGUUCUCCGAAGACCGCUACCAGUACCAAAGAAACCGGAAGUAAGACUAAGACUAAGACUAAUUCCAAAUCCAAGAAGACUAAGACUUAGACUAGGAUUAGACUAAGCCCGAGAUCGAGAGCAAACAGAGCCAGGAAGUAAAAAUAAUAGAGAGUUAAAUAAAAGACCGAGUGCAAUAGUAAAAAAACAAGCUGAGUACAUGUGACAUGUGAGCCACUUGUACAUUAGAUCAAUUUUGAAGCGAUAAAUAGACAAGGAAGUGAAUAAAAUAUUCACGGUAAUGUCACCUGCUACCGAAAGUAAGACUCCAAACAUGCGGAGACGAUUAUCACGUCGAGAUAAAUGGCCUUUGCAUUUGGGAUUAUUUUUUACGUACAUCCUUAUCCAAUUAGCGACGUCAUCAUACUCGGCGUCGACGUCGCCUCCUGUAGACUCAACGCCAGCUUCUACGACACAAUUUAUUCCUACAUCAACAUUUAAAUCAACAACAGCAGCAGCAGCAGCAGCAGCUGAACAGAAGAAAGAAGUAACCCAGGAUCCUAAAGUUGUUGAGCCAGCGAAGGAGAAGCCGAAAGUUGAAACGACCCCGGUGCCUAAGACAAAAGAGCCCACUAAGAACAAGUCAAAUGAGCGGGAGCCGGUGGUUAAAAAAGAAAUCGACGGUACAACGAAUGCGACUCAAGCUCGUACGACUGUUUCUCCAAAGUCAGUCCACCCGACAUGGAGACCUAAGCGUGAUAAUUGCAGCGCACCUGCUAUCGAACAAUUUCCCCGACCGCUGAUGGGUCCCGGUGCUAGAAAACACGGCGGUCUUAUCAUUCAUAUCCUCGUGGCAGUUUACACAUUUUUCGGACUCGCGAUUGUCUGCGAUGAUUAUUUUGUCGCGAGUUUGGACCGCAUUUGUGAAGAAUUGAGACUGACACCAGACGUUGCGGGCGCGACAUUUAUGGCAGCUGGUUCAUCAGCUCCAGAAUUAGCGACCGUUAUUAUCGGUGUAUUUUUUGCAAAAGAUGACAUUGGUGUCAGUGGAGUAAUUGGUAGCGCGGUAUUUAAUAUAAUGUUCGUUAUAUCAGUUUGCGGUUUGUGCACAUCGACGGUGUCGAAACUCAACUGGUGGCCGCUUUGCCGUGACAGUUUCUUUUACUUCAUCUCUAUUCUUAUAAUGCUCGGGACUAUUUACAAUGAAAUAAUAUCUUGGCCAGAGUCACUUUUUAUGCUCAUCAUGUACGGAGUUUAUUGCGUCGUUUUGUCGUACAACAGUCGUCUUGAACGUUGGGCCAAGUCUUACAAUUUGCCAUUUCUCCCUAAAGAUGACGAGCCUGCAGAAGAAAGUGCGCUGGUUAGUUACAGGUCUCUUCAAGAAGACAGAACGUCUUACACGGGACCUAAUUCUCCUGUUACUGAACAAGUCGCAGCACAAGGUGGUGUAGGAUUUGAAUCAACACAACAGCAGCAGCAGCAACAAGCGCCUCCAGCACCAAAACAACCCGAAUACUACAAAGCAAAAGAACCAGACCCAAAUGAAGUAUCACCUCUAGAGCGACCUACUGAAGGUGGACAGUGGGCUCUGUUCAAAUGGGGCCUGGUUUAUCCAAUUCAUUACACAUGUCGCGCAACAAUGCCCGAUUGCCGACAGGAAAAGUGGCGUAGCUGGUAUCCAUUUACAUUCUGUGUCUCUAUGAUAUGGAUUAGCUUCUACAGUUACAUAAUGGUCUGGAUGAUAACGAUAAUUGGCAACACAUUGGGGAUCCCGGACACGGUAAUGGGCUUAACGUUUGUGGCCGCUGGUGUGAGUGUUCCCGACGCUCUGUCCUCUUUGGCUGUCAUCAAAGAGGGACUCGGUGAUAUGGCUGUCAGUAACGCAGUCGGCAGCAAUGUCUUUGAUAUUCUCGUGUGUCUUGGACUACCCUGGUUCAUCCAAACUGCCAUGAUUCAACCCGGUUCUCAUGUCAAUGUCACCAGUAGAGGUCUUACAUACUCAACUCUGUCGCUACUAUCAACUGUUGUCUUUCUCGUGGUCGCGACUCAUUUGAACGGUUGGAAAUUAGAUCGAAGAUACGGCGUGAUCUUGAUGAUAUGGUACCUUAUUUUCAUAAUAUUCGCUUCUCUAUACGAGCUCAAUGUCUUCGGUCAAAUGAAUCCACCAGUUUGUCCCAGCGUAUUUUAAUUAUUUUAUCAAUUAGACACGUCGUUAUCAUCAUCAUUAUCAUUAACGUUGUCAUUAUCAUCUCCAGAUUAACUGGCAGUUAUGAGUUUUAAACAAGUGCCCCUCGAAAUUUAUAGUUAACUUAAAUUAAAUGGAGAUGGGUGUAAUUUAAAUACGUAAAAGUACAGUCUAGAGAGGACGUUACAUUUUAUCAGUAUUAAGUUGUCUUGAUUAUUUAAUUUUAUUAAUUAUUAAUUAUUAUUCUUUAAUAAAAAAAAAGCCUAUAUGGAGGACACACGGAGAAAAAUCGACGUAAAAAAUGUACGAAUUUUUAUUAUGCUGUCGAGAAAACUGAAACCGGAAGUUGAGGAGCAAAAAAUUAACUGCACUAAAAAAAAAUAUAGACUUAAAAUUUUCACUAAAAAAUUGGGAGUAAAAACACUCGGAGUCUCGGAGUUUAAAAAAAAAUUACUCUGCAUACGGAGUAAAUGAGGACUUUGUUUUUCCAGUGAGAGAUUUGGAUUUCAUUUCAAAUUUCAUCCGGAAUGAAUUUCAUUCUAAGGAUAUUAAAUAUAUUAGCAUUUACCUGCUCCGGAUUUACUCCGCUGAUUUUUUACAGUGAAUUUAUAAAUUAAAAUAAAAAUUCGAAAAUUUUUUAUCUCAAUUUUUCUCGUGCAAAUGUUUAAUCAGUCAAUAGUAAAUGCAUUAUGUUGCAAUUGUUAAUAGCUAAUUACUAAAAAAAAAAAAAAUUAAAUUAAAAAUAUAUAAAAAAUAAAUAAAUAACGAUUGAUAGUCUUGAUAUCGUCCUGUAUAUGGCAUUUGAGAUGUUGCUAUGAGUGUGAAAACAUCGAAAAUAAUAUUUAAGGCCAUUCUCACAGUGCCCCCACUCUUUGAAAAUUUCCCAUGACUUCUAACUGUCAUCAUAGUAUCAAAAUUUUAUCAAUUAAUUAAAAAUGGGCAACGCAGUUACAAUUUCGCUAAGAUAUAGAUUUGAAAAAAAAUUAUUUACAGAUGAUAUCAGUUAGGAAACGAAAUUUCAGCAAAAACUUCAUGUCAAUUUUAAAAUUUCGUUUUACUCAUAAUUGAUAACAACUGUGGGUAAUUUUUUUAAAAAUCUAUAUCUCGGCUUUAAUUUUUUUGAUAUUAAUUAAUAAAAUCUCAAUACUCUUAUGAUUAAAGCCAGGAUUUUGUCCUUAAUUUACACUAGGACAAUUGAUAAUUAAUAAUGUCAAAUUUUUGAUGUUACGGCAAAAAUAUUGGUCGUAUAGAAAAAUUUUUCAAGUAAAAGUUGUUCGAAAUUCAAUUUUCUAAAAAAAAUGUCUCUUAUCAUUUUUCCUUAGGAUUAAUAAGGAAGCCGUAAUUUCAAAAUUAACAUGUUCAUAAUUAACAAAAAUUUGAAUCAUUCAUUAUGAAUCUUAAUUUUUGAAUUACGGUGAAAAUAUUGGCCGUAUAGAAAAAUUUUUCAAGUAAAAAUUGUUCAAAAUUCAAUUUUCUAAAAACAAUGUCUCUUAUAAUUUUUUCUUAAGACUAAUAAGAAAGCCAUAAUUUCAAAAUUAACAUUUUCAUAAUUAUCAAAAAUUUGAAUCAUUGAUUAUGAAUCUUAAUUUUUGAAUUACGGUGAAAAUAUGGGUAGUACAAGAAAGUCAUAAGAUACAUUCUUUUAGAAAAUUAAACUCCCUACAACUUUUGUUUAAAAACUUUUUCUAUAAGACCAAUAUUUUCGCCGGAAUAUCAAACAUUUGAACCAUUCAUUUCAAAAUUUAGGCAAAAAUCUCGUCCCUUCUUAUGACAGUUCAGUCAUUGAAUAUUUUAAAAAAGUGGGAGACUGUCAGAGAAUGCCCUUAAUAAUUAAACGUAUAUAUAUUUACAAAAGCUUUAUAGCCUAAUUUUUUAAAUAUAGCUUUUUGUCAAUAAUUUAAAUAAUCACAAAUAAAUAUAUAAACGCAUAGGCCUAAAACGCGUGAAUUCAAGUUAAUGUUUUAUAUAAAAUUUAUAAAAAAUAUAAUAAAAAAAGAAUUAAUAAAGUUAUUUACGACAUAUAUACGACGGAUGGUGAGUGCACGAUAGUAAAUUUGCUUCUUCCUCAUUACUAUAACAUUAAAUGCUGAUAUUAAUAAUUAAUUAUGUAUAUUCUUCCUUAUCAUUGCAUGUUUCUUCCUUAAAAACUAAUUAAAUACUUAAAUAAAUGAUUGUUAAAUUUUAAUAAUAAAUUGCUCACACCACCCGCUCGUUAGCCGGCAUUUAAAUUUAAAUAAUUAAUCACAUAAGUGUAUUAAUAUAUAAUUAAAUUAAUUCAUUAAUUAUUAUUAGCGUAGUUUAAUAAAAUCCCGCGUUGGCACGGCCGCUCAAAGAUAACUUUGGUGAUUGAGAUCAAAGAGAUUCCUCGUUGGAUGCCGAGUAGUUUUAACUUGUGGGUGUACGUGUGAAAAGGCAUCCGCCUUAAUUUGCAUCGGCACCCACAAAUAAACUCCGUUUUCUCCGUGGAAUGGAGAAAAAAAAAUGAGAAGACGAUGAGAUGAAAUUAGAGGACAGGAGAAGAACUGUAAGGAAAUAAAAAAGAUAAGAUUUAAAUAAUAAAAUAAAAUAAUGAUUUAAGUAAGCGAAAAAUAAUUAAAUAUAAGAACUUAAAAUAUGAGAAGAAAUAUAUGAAGAAACAUGUGUUGCUGAAAUA